AUCCAAGCGGCGCCUCUGGUCGUCAUGGAGGUCGUCUACUCGUGCGAUUUCCCACGGAAGCCGCGGGCCGCCUACUGCCCCGCGGUGCCCCUCGCCUGCGCCUGGUCGUGCCGCAACCUCGUGGCCUUCACGUCCGAGCGACGGGGCCCGCACGGCGACAUUGGCGAGCACACGAGCUACCCCAUCCACAUCAUGGACCCCGAGCACCCGUGGGACGUGUGCACGGUGCGCUCCGGCCACAGCGACGUCAUCACCUGCCUGGAGUGGGACCAGUCCGGAGCGCGGCUGCUGUCCGCGGACGCGGGGGGCCGCGUGCGCUGCUGGGCCACGCCCGAGCACCUGCUCAACGGCUGGGAGGCGGUGGGCGAGGGCGGCCCCGACGGCGAGCCCCUGCUGGCGCUCGCGUGGCUCCACAACGGCAUCAAGCUCGACCUGCAUGUGGAGAAGGUGGGCGCCAUGAGCUUCGGCGAGAAGUUCUCGCGCGCGCGCUUCCACCCGUCGCUGGCGGCGUUUGGCGGGCGCGCGGGCGACGGCUGGGUGGGGGUGUCGGCGAGCGGCCUGGCGCGCGUGUGGCUCCUGAGGCCCGGCGGGGCGCUGCUGAGCGCCGUGCGGCCCCUGUCGCGGCCGCGGGCCCGCGUCGCCGCCGCCGACGCGGCCUUCACGCCCGCGGGCCACGUCGUGGUGGCCACGUCGGACGGCAGCAGCUCCUCGCCCAUCCACUUCUACCGGCUGACGCUGAGCGUGGUGAGCGAGAAGUGCCGCGUGGAGACGGAGCUUCUGCCGUCGCUCUUCCUCCGCUGCUCCUCCGACCCGUCGCGACGAGACAAGUACACGGCCGUGUCUCACCUGCGCUUCGUCACGCGGGAGAACUCCGAGCAGGUGGUGGUGUGCGUGUCGAGUGCGCAGGGCAGCGUGGUGGAAUGCUGGUCUCUGCGCAAGGAGGGGCUGCCCCUCAACAAACUCUUCCAGCAGAUCCCCUCCCUCGGAGACAAGCAGCCGAGCGUGCAGAAGUGGCGCAUCCUGUCCACUACGAGCGACCUGGAGCGCGUGAGCUCCGUGGCGCUGCCUCGUCUGCCCAUCUCCCUCUCCAGCGCCGACAUGAAACUCGCCGGGGACACCAAGUUCUUCCCCGGGCUCGGCCUGGUGCUGGCGUUCUGCGACGGCUCGGUGCACGUGCUGCACCGGCUCACGCUGCAGAAGCUCUGCGCCUUCUCCCCGAUGGGGGGCGGCGGCGGCGCGGGUGGCGGCGGGGUCGGCGGGGUCGGGGGAAUGUCGAGGGGGGGCCCGGGGGUGGGCGGGGGCGUCGGUGGGGGCUCGGAGGAGCCGCCCAUGAAGCGGGGGAAGGGCGCGGGGCCCCACCAGGCGGCGCACUUUUCGGCGGUGGCGCUGUCGCCCUCUUGCUGUGCCCUGCUCGCUGUGGAGAACAGCGGCAAGGUGAGCGUGUCGCGCGUCUCCCCGUGGCUGGGCCACCCGCUGGAGGCCGGCGCGGCGCUGCGCAACCUCCUCUUCCUGCUGGAGUACGGGCUGGUGACGGGCCACGACGCCUGGGACGUGCUCCUGCACGUCCAGCCGGGCACCGCCGCGCCGCUCGCGGACCGCCUCGCCGAGGAGUACGCGCGGCAGGCGCAACCGCUGCAGCAGGCGCUGCAGACGCGCGUGCUGGCGCUGCGCGCCUGGCUCUACCGCCUGUCCCCCGGCACGGCGGUGCGCUCGGCGGACCUGCACACGCGCCUCCUGCUGCACGCCGUGUCCUGCACCCUCAAGUCCCUGCUGCGGCCCACGCUACUGCACACGCCCGACCGCGGGCCCGGCGACAGGCUCGCCGAGAUCUGCAGCAAGAACACCGACACCGACAUCGACAAGGUGAUGCUGAACCUGAAGACGGAGGAGUUUGUGCUGGACACGCUGCUGCUGCAGUCGCUGCAGCAGCUGAUCCAGUGGGUGGCUGACUUCACCCUCUACCUGCUGGCCAGCCUGCCCAACCAGGGCUCGAUCUCGCGGCCCGGCGUGUCCUUCCUGCGGGACGGCCCGGCGCUCGCGAUGCUGCGGGAGCUGCUGGUGGUGGUGCGCAUCUGGGGCCUCAUGAACCACGCCUGCCUCCCCGUGUUCACCGCCACCUCGGACACGCAGGACUCCCUCUCGCUGCUCUUCAAGCUCCUCACCAAGCUCUGGCUCUGCUGCCGGGAUGAGGGCCACGGGCUGGAGCCGGACGACGGCCUGCUGGACGAGUGCUGCCUGCUGCCCUCGCACCUCGUGCUGCCCUCCGCCGACUGGCUGCCCUCGCCGGACGGCGUGUCGGGCCGCCUGCCGCUGGGGAAGCCGCCGUCGCGCGUCGCCUUCGGCCGCGGCAUCGCCUACGCCGGGCAGCCGGGACCCGUGCCCGUCCACACGCACGUGCUCGCACGGUCCCCGGGUCACCAGAAGCUGGACAACCUGCGGCGAGUCAACCUGGGCGUGAACCCCACCGAGGACAUCAAGGUGUGCACCAGGUGCGGAUGCAUCACCAUGCUGCGCUCGCUGAGCAAGGCGCAGGCGGCGGGGCCCUUCAAGUGCUGGGAGCAGCGGUGGGUGCGCAGCUGCCUGUGCGGCGGACUCUGGAGGAGGGUGCCGCCCUUCGUGCCGUGACGAGGAGGGGGGAGGGGGGACGCUGCGGCGUCUCACGGCGACACGGACACUUGGGGGUGGUG